AUGGUUUUGAAAUGGCCGGUCAGAGAGGCAGCCGCCCGGGUCGUGGCGGAGCAAGAGGUGGAAAACCUCUCGGGCCUCUCCCCCAACCCCGAGAAGGACAUCUUCGCCGUGAAGGAGAACGGCAAGGCGUGCCUCGUGGCAGAGUUCGCCGCCAAAUUUCUCGUCCCCUACUACGUGAGGGACGCCAACUACGUGGAUGUGAUAACUGAACAAGCUGAUAUCCCACUUUCCCGGGGAGCAGAAAUAAAAGGCAAAUGUGGCACCAAUGAAUCAGAACUGGAGCUCUCUUGGCUGGAAAAAGCCUACACCCUCCGGCUUUCCUUCAUAAAGGAGGGACACAACACUAGCAGAGGGCAGGAGGUUCUGUGGAAAAUGAACAAGGUCCAGUUCGUGUACGACACCAGUGAGAAAACCUACUUCAAAGAAGCCGUCACUCCUGGGAAGCACACAGCCAACUCGCACCAACUUUCUGCCUUAGUCACCCCAGCAGGGAAGUCCUACGUAUGCCAGGCUCAGCAGACCAUCCACCUAUACUUGAGCGAUCACCAGAAAUCUAUAGACUUCUUGCUGUCAGAGGUCCAAAUUCAGCCUUUUGACAUCACUAAUGAUUUUGCCUUCAGUGAAGCACAUAAAUGUCCAGUGGACCAGAGGGAGCAGUUGGAAGAAACCCUGCCUCUGAUUUUGGGUCUGAUAUUGGGGUUGAUUAUUGUGAUAACUCUUUGUGUGUACCAUAUCCAUCACAAGCUGACAGCCAAUCAAGUACAACUUCCUCGAGACAGAUCUCAGUACAAACACAUGGGAUAGAUGGUGGGAUACAUCAGAACUGACUGCUUAUCAGGUAAAGGAAGCAAAAGCACUUUUUUUAUAAAUGAGGCCAAACUCUCUCUCUCUCUCUCUCAUUCUCUCUCUCUUUCUCUCUCUCUCUCGGCACAUAGUGUAAUGGCCAAACAGAGAUGGAAACACUCUUAACAUUUCAAAGCUUAACGGGAGCGCAAAAUCCAGUUUGCAAACACACAUGGGGAAUAUCACUCCCAAUAUUCUGCCCUUCACACAUGCACUGCACUCCAUUCCUGUGUGUAGGGAGGCCAGAUAGGGGAGUGAAGGUCCUUUUCUCAGAGUGGAUUCAAGCAGCUCCGAGCUCCAAGCAGUAAUUUAGUGUAUUUAUUAUUAAGGGCCAUAUGCUGCAUUCUGGCGUACCAGAAAUUCCACUCAAGUCCAUGAAAGCUCUGAAAGGAAUCUAAGGUUGGUCCCAAAAUGAAUAUUAUAUUUUGAAAAACUACAGGCCAGUGCCUCAGCUGUAAACUGGUGCAUCUCUAGUGAAGUCAGAAUUACUGAUUUCAACCAGCUGAGUGACUGUCACACAGAGCUGGCCUUAGGGGUGGUUGAAGUGGGCAACUGCCCAGGGCACUGGGGUCAGGGUGGCGCUAGGAGGGUAUUAGGGGGGCACCACAUGCACAAACACACACACACACUCUGGGGGUUUUGUGAUCACUCCUGGGCUCAGCGGCAGCUCCAAGUGGGUACACAGGCAGCAGUGGGCCAGGCUGAUAACUGCCAGGUGGCUGCAGUGUGGUGGCUAGGGAUGAGGAUGAGCUGGAAAUUGGGCCAUCUGCCUGGGAAGCUGCGCUCCACUCCCCCUCGCCACUUGCCUCUGCCUACCUGGGGUGGGGACACACUGGGGAAGGGGCACCAAGGAGGGGCACCAAAGUACAAGUUCACUCAGGACGACAUUUUCCCUAAGGCUGGCUUUGCUGUCACAUGUAAGGUUGAGUGAGAAAAGUUGGAGGGGGUGGGGGGCUGCUGAAUGAUCCACACCUGAAUUAAACUCCAGACCUGUGAAUGCACAAAAUAUAGCGUGCCAUGCUGCUGCAAGUCAAUUGAGAAUGCUUCUGGCUGGACAUCCUGCACGUAUCGUGAUUGUCUUUGAAAUGUUACAUUGCUACCUGCAACCAAGGAUUUCAUAGCACAACAAAACAAAACUGUUCAAGUUACUAUGCAGAUUAUUUCAGGUGUUAUCUAGUGUAAGAGAAAAUAAGAAAACCUGAAAUCUAUCAGUUCAUGUAGAAUGUUUUUUAAAACUAAUUAAAAUCUAUAGGUACAUAAAAAUUAAUUUGCCAUCUUAUUGUGUAAUGACCUAUGGUUUUCUAUUAAGCACUGGACUGAAAGGAACCAUAGUCAUUUAGAAGACUCUGUGUAAGAAUAUUAUUCUGCAUGUAGAAUAAUAUGAAUUAGCUUUUAUUUUGGCAGCAUGUAUGAUACAAUUGGUAUUAAGAAGGUGUGAUAAUGGCUAGCUGUACUGUACUUUGUAUGCUAUAGCAAAUGUCCAUCUACUUUAACUGUUUUCUUGUUUGCACAUUUUAUAAAAACUAAGGGCCUGACCCCUUUCUCAUUGUGGUGAAUGGAAAGGUUCCCAUUGGCUUCAGUGCAAAUUCAGUAGGAGUCUGGCAGGCCUUAAAUGAACAUAUUGUACAAACUUAUACUUUUCUUAUAUUUACCUAUUCUGAAUGGCGACAAUGGUAUUAUAUCACUCUGAGAGUUCUCUACUGUAAAUGAUGUAUUAUGAGCCAAGAAAUAUAUUCAGAUGUUGAAACAA